AUUAUGGUAAAGAUUAUUAUGAAGAAGAUUACGGCAAAGACAUGGAUUAUUAUUAUAAAGACGGAGACGAUUAUGGUAAAGAUUAUUAUGGUAAAGAUUAUUAUGAUAAAGACGGAAAAGAUUAUGGUGAAGAUUAUUAUUAUAAAGACGGAGAACAUUAUGGUAAAGAAUAUUAUUAUAAAGACGGAAAAUAUUAUGGUAAAGAUUAUUAUUAUAAAGACGGAAAAGAUUAUGGUAAAGAUUAUUAUGAAGAAGAUUACGGCAAAGAUGAUUAUGAAGAAGAUUACGGCAAAGACAUGGAAUAUAAUAAAGAAUAUUACGGCAAAGACAUGGAAUAUAAUAAAGAAUAUGGUAAAGAUUAUUAUGAUAAAGACGGAGAAGAUUACGGCAAAGACAUGGAAUAUAAUAAAGAAUAUUACGGCAAAGACAUGGAAUAUAAUAAAGAAUAUUACGGCAAAGACAUGGAAUAUAAGAAAGAAUAUUACGGCAAAGACAUGGAAUAUAAGAAAGAAUAUUACGGCAAAGACAUGGAAUAUAAGGAAGAUUUUUGUAAAGCAACUAAAGAAGGAAAAUGCUUAGCUCUAUGUGGUCUUCCAGUACCAAUGGGAAUAGACCAACCAUUAUCUAACUACACUUGCUUCACCAAAUGCUGUAAACUUGACUCGAUUCCGUACCCUACUUACACGCCAACUUUUUGUGAAACUAAAGAAGGAAAAUGCCUACAAAAAUGUGGUAUUUCAUCAGUUUAUACUCCAUUAUGUGAAGACCCUUGUUUUAAGAAAUGCUAUUAUUAG